AUGUUCGGAGUGACGGCUGAAGAAGCCAUGAACUCUGGAAUGGCAGCAGCGACCGAUGAAGCGGCUUUUACCGCGGAGUGGAAUGCGCCAGCAAUCCCACAAGCACCGACCUUCAAGGGAUCGACGAAGUUGGAGCGUCGCGUUUUUAUGCGCGAGUACCAAAAGUACUUGGCGCAGAUCAAUGCCCUGCAAUGCAAUGGAUCGCGUCCCUUUGUCAUGCCCGUGGGUACCUGCAUGGACCCGUUCUCGAAGCGAUGGAUCGCCAUGUUUGACCUCAACAAGGACCACAACCUUGUUUCUGAAGCCGAAAGAGUCCAGAGUUGGUCGUAUGCUGGAGGGGACCUUAUGCGUGUGCUGGAGCAAGAUCACCAGGAAUUGGUGCUCCAUCAAGAGGGCAAGGUCGUUGUCGAGGCGAUGGCACGUGCUGAAACGUUGAAGAUUGCGCCGGCUCCGGCAAUUUCCGCAGAUUUUCAGCUGUAUGUCGGUCUAAAAGAAGCACCCGUUGCUCCGCAGACGGCGAAUGCGGUUGGUGAAAGCGGCAUCCGCGGCAGAAGAAGUGAUGACGGCAGUCGUAGUGACGGGUGCCAUGACGGCGGCGCAAGGAACGCGCUGAAGGCGCAGCCAGUAGAGAAACCAGAUGCCUCGGGCGACAAGCACGAAGCGGCGCAGGGGAUGCUUGAAGCUGCACCUGGCGAGGCGCAGCUUCUGGUUGACGCGUUGGUCAAUAAGCAACGAGGCCAGAUUAACGUGUUGGCCGCCAAGUCCAAUCGCCGAGUUACGAAAGGUGUAGCUUUGGUGGAAGACUCUGUCCGAGUCGAGAAUCUCUUGCUCGACUCGGGGGCGGAUGUGAACGCCAUUUCGUGCGGUGUUAUGGAAGCAUUGACAGCGGCAGCCGUCGCUGUAGACAUCGUGGCCUGGGUCGACGACACGGCCUCGUCGUUCGAUCUAAUCAUCAGUCGUCCCGUCAUGGAAAUGCUCGGGUUCUCUGUGGACGACCUGCUCGUCGAAGCGCGGCAGCAGAAGUCGGAGUGGGAUGUGUCUGACGGCGUGGGCAUCCCAUAUUCCAACAUGGCGCACAGCGAUGGCAUUCAGUGUGCCACGCCCGACGUCAUGAACUCGAAGAUUGUCGAGGACAACAAAGCGACAUGCGGCAUGCGACGAUAUCCACCAGCGUACGUCGAGUACAUGCGCGAGCGUGUAGAGGCGCUGGAAGCGAAAGGUAUGGUGUACAAGAACAACCGGUCAAAGUGGGCCUCGGCGCUCCGCAUCGUGCCGAAGGAAGCCGCAGGAGCACUGCGAAUGACGAUUGAUAGUCGCCCUAUCAACGCAUGCACGGACCCGAUGCUGUGGUCCAUGCCUAACCUUGAUAGCGCACUUGCCUCCCUCGAAGGAACGAGUGACUACUUCAACUUGAACUGGACCAAGGGGUACUGGCUACUGCCGUUGCACUCUGACUCACAAGAAUAUUUUUCGUUCAUGACCCCCUUUGGCAUCAACACACCAACCCGCGUGCUCAUGGGUCAGACUGAUGCAGAGGCGUACUGCCAGUCUGUCGUGCGCCAAAUGUUCGACGACCUCUUGUUCCGCGGUCUGCUAGUGUGGUAG